AUUAAGAAUGCUAUUGCUUGUCAUAGUUAUUUCCUUCAUUUUUAAGUAUGGAGAGACAAAAAUGAUGAUGUUAUUGGGCGAAUCUUACAAGGACUGUUCCAAAGGUCCUAUAAAGUUUCUGGAUUGGUCUGAAAUUGAGUUUGUUUACGAAAACGAUACAACUUACUUCAUAAAUGGUAAACUCAAAGUCUACAACGCAAUAAAUCCACCUUGGAAAAUGCACUAUUUUAUCGAGAAAUACGAUCGUGGGAAAUGGUUUACAUCAAUGGUUGAUCGUGAAAUUCCAGAUUUCUGUAAGGUUAUUACAGAUAAAAAAGCUCCUUGGCACUUUGUUGUUGAUCAUUUAAAAAGACCAAGCUGUCCAUAUGCAAAAAAUGGAGUUGAAACAUUCAAUAUGGAACUAGUCGAAUCAGCUUUACCAUCAUAUUAUACAUUCACAAUGACUGGAAAAUAUCGAGUGACAUUUAUAUCAACUUUUACUGGUGAAGAUGGACAACCUUACGAUGAAUGUCAAAGACUUGGUUUUGAAAUGAUGCCUAUGUAAAGUGUUUUUUGUGG